GUAAAAAGUGUAAAGGAGAUUCGUGUUUGUGUACAGUUUACAAGGUCAGUGACCUUGGAACCGCUAUAAGGAGAGGAGGGCGCAGCACAUGCGGUGAACGGUGGUAGCUCAUCUUGCGGGAAAGCGAUUUGACGUUUCUCCAUGAGAACUUCAUGCCGAAAAGAUGUCUUUGCAAGUGCAGAACAAUAACAGUUUGGAGUUUGUGACGAAGAGUCUUCUGGCCGGUGGUGUUGCUGGCAUGUGUUCAAAAACAGCAGUAGCUCCAUUGGACAGAAUAAAAAUAUUGUUACAAGCCCACAGCGUUCAUUACAAACAUCUAGGAGUUUUCUCUGGGUUGAAGGAAAUAAUAGAGCGUGAAAAAUUCUUUGCGCUGUACAAAGGAAACUUUGCACAGAUGAUAAGAAUUUUUCCUUACGCAGCGACCCAAUUCACAGCGUUUGAGCUCUACAAAAAAUUUUUCAGUGGCCUUUUUGGAAAGUACACCCACGUCGACAAAUUUGUGGCAGGUUCUGGGGCAGGUGUGACCGCUGUAUUGUUAACAUAUCCAUUGGACACGAUAAGAGCUCGUCUCGCUUUUCAAGUCACAGGAGAGCACGUUUACACAGGAAUAGCUCACACAGCAAUUACGAUAUUCAAAGAUGAGGGUGGACUGAGGGCCCUGUACCGAGGAUUUUUACCCUCGAUUAUCGGCAUGAUCCCAUACGCAGGAUUUUCCUUCUAUUCUUUUGAGAAAUUGAAAUAUUUCUCGAUGAGAUACGCCCCGAAUUUACUGUGCAGCGAAUGCCCUAGAAAUACUGGUGGAUUGGUACUGACAUUGCCAGCAAAAUUGCUCUGCGGUGGAAUCGCCGGUGCUGUAGCUCAAAGUUUUUCCUAUCCCUUAGACGUCACCAGAAGGCGUAUGCAAUUAGCGAUGAUGGAUCCAGCUACGCACAAAUAUGGUUCUGGAAUGCUGUCAACGAUGAAGUUAAUCUACGUGGAAAAUGGAAUAAUAAAAGGCCUCUAUCGAGGGAUGAGCAUCAAUUAUCUCCGUGCUAUACCGAUGGUGGCAGUCAGUUUUACGACUUACGAGAUUAUGAAACAACUUUUGAACUUGGAUACAGGAAUGAAGAUUUCUUCCUGAGUACAAAAUUUAGCACCGAAUUACCAACUAAAAAAGCGAAGAUACGUUCGUUCGAUUUUGUAGUCGCAAAAUGGUACGAAGAUUUUUAGUAUCUCCGGUAAUCGCACACAGUUGGCAGAGAAUUUAGUCAGAGGCUAUGAUUCGUGGGGACCUGUUGUCAAUUGUUGCUAACAAUAGUUCGAUUUAGCUUAUAAAUCAAUUUAACCUCUCGCUACUUCGAAACAGAAUAUUUUAUUUAUUUAUUCCUAUGAUUCAUUUCACUCAUUUCAUAGGUGAAAAGUGGAGUUUUUUGUCUUGUAUGAUUUGUAUCGACUCGUGUUUCAAGAUUUCGAUGAUGAGCUGUUUUAAAAUCGAUUAUAAUGUGAUUGUAACGAGAGGAUUUUGGGUAUGAACUUUUGGGUAUGUCUAUAAAAUACGAUGCGGAACUUGUUGAACGAAAGACUGACGUUAUUUUGUUCUUUUGGAUCAAUAGUAGUAAUAAUGAAAGAACACAAAUUAACAACCAGAUCAAUCAAUUAAACCGUUUAUUUUAAAAAGCGCGGAAGUGAUUUUGAUGAUGUUGCUCCAUUGAGGUUUAGAUUUCAUGAAAAAAUAUUAUUUGACGUAACGUUUCAUGUAUUUGGGACAUUCCAUUUCAAUAUGACCUACUUUCGACCUCAAGAAUUCGAAUAUCACUUCGCCUUAUGGCGCUACGUAAAAACAGUGGAAUGUUAUGUUUUCAUCCUUUGACACGGUGCUUCGGCAACAGCUGUCAUAUUUUGUACAACGGAAAAACAAUAUUCUACUUUGAAAAAUCGAUUUCAAUUAUUAAAAUGGUCAUUCCGGAGAAUUUUAAAGAUCGAAAUGAAUAAAAAUGGAUAUCGCUUCGUUCAAGACUCAGAAUUGUUUCUGCUUGAACCAAUAUUUGUAACGAAGGAUCGUCGUUUAGACUUGCUACUAGUGCAGUUGAAAAUAUCAAAAAUUAUUCAUGUCGGAAUGUAUGAUAAAAUCUCGUAAAAAGAAAUAAUGGCUGAAUUCAUUUUCAAGGGAGCCAACUGUAGCUUUUUUGACGUUGAACGUCUCCUAGUUAUAAAAAUUUGUUCGUCGGCGAAUGACUAUCGAUUGUAAAGUAUUUUUAUGUACAAACGGCAAUGCACACACGUGCAUUCAGCAGAAGUGAAAUAUACGAACGAAUUGACGUUCAUUCAGAAAAUUUUUCGUACGUUCGAAAUAAAUAAGAAAUUCAAUGCCACGAUGUUGUUGAUGCCAAAAUACUUGACGGAUAAAUGCCAAAUUUUGUAUAAAUAUCGCGAGACCCGGACACCAAAACAGACAUCGUCGAGUCUUUUAUUUUCUGGCACAAUCCGUUAUUCCCCCACUGCAUUAGUCACAAAACCGUAGACAAUGCGGAUAUGCGCUUUGUCGCGUGACGUCUCGGAGAUAUCUCGCAAACAUGGCCCCAAUGUUUGUUAAACGUUUAAAUAAAGGAAUAAAAAGAAAAGUAAAAAUUUCACGUCUGGAAUGUUUCACAUCGCAUGACUGUGUCACACUUUCACCGGAAACACGCUUCGUGAUGAAUCUAACAAUACUUUCUUCAAGUUUUCGAGCGUGCUUUCUUUCUUUGAAUUUUUCCAUUCACAUUCUGCCGUCCCCGUGACAAUUUUCCAAUUUCUAUGGUGUUUUUGCUAUUAUUUCUACGCUCGAAUGGACAGAAAAGUGUCACAAAAUAAUGAAUGUCAAAAAAAAAAACAAAAACAAGUGAAAUUGAAUGAACAAUCGAUCCAAAUACAAUAAUAUUUAUUCCAAGUUAUUUUGUUGUUGUUGUUGUUUUUUUUUUUCAAUAGAGCGACAGUAGUAUCUAAGAGGACGAAGCCAUUGUGGUAGCUUCGCAAACGAAAUUUCGAGAUGCAUUAAGGACACAUUUUAUUGAUCUCGAAAAUCGAUGCUUUGAAAAAUUGCAAGCUGACCGUAGAUCUGUUUUCGCGAAUGCAUGGGCAUCGACACAUUGGUCGAUACGCGUAGAAACUUGAUAAAUUUUAGGCAGGAACAAGUGUGAAAAAGCUUCAUCGGUCUGAAAUACACGUAAUGACAGUUCCCCAUCUGUCUUGAAGGAAUGACUUUUGUCCUCUUUUUUUUUUUUCGUUUUUCAAGAUUGAGAUAUUUUAAUAGCUAUCCGAUGAUCGGACAGUGGCAGUUUGCAACGCAAGAAGAGUCGAAAUAUUCUUGCAGGCGAUAAAAGUUAUUCCAUACAAAUGGUUAAUCACAAUCAUUGCUGCGAUCGUUGAUUGCAACUCCUUUCCCCGUUAAUAAAAAGCCAAUGAAACUAUAGCUCAGAGUAAACCUGUUCACAAAUGUUCGUCAGCUUGCUGUGAUGUCGAAAUUUCGUUAACGCAAAUAUAGAGGAUAAAAAACGAAACAAAACGAUUCCGUGGAUAAAAAUGGCGAAGAUAUUUUCACAACAUCAAAACUAACUAAACGUUGUUUUCGACUCCGUUGAUGUUCUACGAGUAAUAAAUUUACACUGGUUUUACAAUAAAAUAUCUAAAUUAUUCGACAAAGGUAAUACCAACGACUGAGAUAAACGAAAGGAGGGUUUAAUUGAUUAAAUAAAUGUCAAAUUUGAAAAAUAA